AACUCUGUACAACAGCUCCACUCUAACAAAUUGACCCCUAUCAGACUCAUAUAUAUCUCCAUACCUCUAGCCUUUCCACAUACUCACACAGAUAACAUUUUCGCAACAACGUUACCACCAGCGGACCACCACUAGCACACCUUCUACGAACCAUGACUUCAGCUUUGUCCGGGCCUUACGUGAGCGUCGGCCCUUCGAGAAGCGAUCAAGAGCCCACCAUCGAGUUGAAGCGGACAAUCACUGGCAGGAAGACACGCACAGGGCCCAAUGCCUCCGUUGCAGAGAUGCUGAAGGCGUUAAUACAUGCCGCGCUCAUGAUCCUAGCCGUCCUCUGGAUCAAUGCGUCUCACAUCUACGGCUUGUUUCAUCACCAAGGAGCCUACGUUCACAGGGCGAAAGUCGCUUUGGCAGACUUCGAUGGAGGUGACUUCGGCGAGGCUCUUCGACUCUCAGCAGCCAUGAACAACGGCUCAUACGGUUACCCUACCUACGUCAAUAUCAACGCCGCUGGCUCAUCGCCUGAGCACAUAAGGCAUGAGGUCUUUAAGGGUACAUAUUGGGCUGCAAUCGUUGUGGAACCUGAGGCGACAGCUCGCUUUGAAGACGCAGUGAACGGUUCAGCCCAGGCCUACGACCCCAGCAAUGUCUACGCUUACUACCUGCUUGACGCGCGCUACUACACAAUCUACGCCUCGAGCAUCCUUUCGACAACCGUCACCACCGCAACAACCGCAUCCGGCAUCUUUAGCGCCCAGUUCAUCGCAUCCAUCAUCGCCCGCGGUGAACACGCAAAUACCACCGCAGCACUCUCUGCACUCGCCGGCCCCGCACACGCUGUCGAGAUGCCCGCCGCAUCCCAAAUCUUCGGCAGCCUCGACGACAAAGCCUUUAUCAACACCCUCGGCGCCGUUCUCCCAAUCCUCAUGCAGUUCUUCUUCAUCAUGGCCUGGAACGGUGUAUGUAACGGCAUGCACCUGUACGCCGCCUACGACCUCCGCACACACAUCCUCGCCCGCCUCUUCUGGAGCACCGUCUGGCCCAUCUUCACCAGCUUGUGUACUGCUGGCUGGACCUUCGCGUUCCGCGGUAGUUACCAUAUAGAUGCGAAGAUGUUCUUUGCGUUCUGGGCUGUGACGUGGGUGUUCAGCAUGAUCAAUUUCGAUGUGUUGGAUAUUAUCACGGGAUUUAUAUCUAUGGCUUUUGUGCCGUUUUUGUUCUUGACUUGGGUCAUUUUCAAUGUUGCGGCGUCUUUUGGGCCACCCGAGAUCCUUAACCAUUGGUACCGUAUCAGCUAUUUCUUCCCGAGCUUGCACUGGUACAGGACAUUCAUCACGAUCAUCACACAAGGAGCAUACAACAACUUGCGCUACACUCUGCCGGUACUUGCGGGGUGGUUGGUGCUGAUGAAGUGCUUGAGUCCGCUCGCUACGAGGAACAGGGUCAGGAAAGCGCAGGAGGUGUUCAGGUGGUAUGAUGAGAAGGAUGCUACUGGUGGACCUCACUAG